CAGACUCGCACAGUUAGGUGCGAAACGAGGCCUACUCCACGGCUCCACCUUUGGUUUUUAGAGCCACCAAAGUGAUUUUGGGUUUUUUUUCUUUUUUCUUUUUUCUCUCAGAAUAAAGGGGAAAAAAAAAAAAAAAAACUAAAACCCAACUUGACUCGCAAAGCCAACUGAAAGAGCCAGCCUCCGCUAGCGAUUUGAUUUGUUGUUGCGGAGACAACUUGGAGGUUUUAUACCUUCAGUGCCCCCUAUUGGAGCAUAUGGUGGUAAUGGCAGCAAGAAUGCUGAGCUUACCUACAGUAGUUCGAUGUGAAUCCACAAGCUUGAAUGGCGCUCAACUACCUCGUCCUCAAAAUACAAACAACAAGCCUCAUCUUUCAUUCAAUAAGCCCUCUUGGGUCGUCCGCACCGAGUCGAAUGUUCAUAAAGAAGAAAGCAGAAUGCCGGAUCCACCUUGUGUUGUCUGCAUGGGAAGUGGAAGGAUAGAUUGCCACAAUUGUCGCGGAAGAGGAAGGACAAACUGUACUCAUUUAUCAAUGCUACCGAAAGGGGAAUGGCCAAAAUGGUGUAAGACUUGCGGCGGAAGUGGUCUCGGUUACUGCCCUCGCUGCCUCGGGACCGGAGAGUAUAGGUACAUUAUGGGCUUUCACUUCAUGAAGAGGGAUGCCGGCUCCACCCAUAAUCAGGAGAAUGAAGUUCAAAAUAACCACAAACGUCGCGGUGUAGCAGAUUUCUAUGAACAAUAAUAUAUUGACAGUAUGAAAGAGAGACUCAAAUGGCUUGUGCAUUUCUAAACAAAUCGAUGUUGUUUACGUAUUUCGUAUAGGCUCGGAGCAGCUACCCCUUGUGCAUAAAGCAAUUUUAUAAAGCGUCAAAAAAAGAGAGACAAACAACUUAAUGCGCUCUUGAGCACCUCCAUGAACAAAAUAUUAGCAUUACCUUUGUAAAUAAUAUUAGCAUACGAAAUGCAAAGGCUGCUAGCAAAGAUGACAGACUUCAGCCUAAAAUCUGUAGACCAA